GGUCUCUGUAGAAACAGCAGCGCUGAACCUUUGCUGUCCUGAGUCAAGACGUUGGAGGUAUUUGUGCCAUUUACUUAUUAUCUCCACUCGAGCAUACAUCCGGUGUAGUCGUGUCAUGCCUUUCGUCAACAAUCUGCACAAUCAGGAAAUCACACGCAGCCAUAUGAUUCGAUGAUUUGGCCCGCUAAAACAAAUUCCCAUAUUGGCUUUAGUCAGGGACCGAUCAUCAAGUUUACCAACAUAUGUCAUAAACUACUGCACCCGUCGACAUCAACAUUCAAGAUAUGGAUGACAAUCGCGUGAGAAUGAUUUCUUGACCUGAAAACAAUGGCAUCAUUGCAUCCUUGAACGCAAAGCUGGGCUGAAAGCGGGCAGACGUUGGAGUACCAGUGGCCGGAAGUCAAUUGCCCGGAUACCACACCAUCGAGCAAGCUUGUCGGCAUGAAACUACACAAUGUUAUCCUACCAGGCCGGGACCCCAUUUCACGCUGGGACGUCGACUUUGAAAACGACACGAUAACCGCGAUCAAGCCUGCUGUUAUAUCGACCGCUCCCGGUUGCACCGCUUCUAGUUCAAAUAACCCUUCCCCAUUCACUCUCGAGGAACAUCCGGAUCCAUCACCACUUCUACUCCCGCCAUUAUGUCACCCGCACAUUCAUCUCGACAAAGCGUAUCUCUUGACAUGCAAUGCUCAACAUAAUCCGCGCUGUUCCGGUUACGGUGGUGGUUUACGGCAGUUGCCGGAGUACACGGACCUCGCGCCACAAGAUGGAAGCUUCAAGGAAGCACUUGAAUUCACGGCACGCGCGAAACAACGGUACACGGUCGACGAUUUGUAUCUACGGGGAAGUCAAUUGCUGGCGACGAGUCUGGGUCAGGGCGUGACGAGUUGUCGGGCGUUCGUGGAAUUGGAUCAUGUUACGGGACGGAAAUGUCUUGAUGUUGCGGUCAAGUUGAAACGGGUGUUUGAGGGGAAAGUGCAUGUGCAGAUUUGUGCGUUUGCGCAGGAUCCGAUUUUCAGUACGGAACACGCAGAGGAGAAUCGGAGUAUCUUAUCGAGGGCACUGGAGGAGUGCUCAGAGGGGGAUAUAGAGGUGUUAGGGACGACGCCUUAUGUGGAAACGAGUCAAGAGGCCAGCUUGGAGAAUAUUCGAUGGGCUGUUGAGAUGGCGUUGACGAAGGGGCUGCACUUGGAUUUCCAUCUUGAUUAUAAUCUGGACCGGGAACAAAGUGUGAUGGUGCGAGAUGUGCUUAGGGUACUGAAGGAGAAGAAGUGGAAGGAGCGAGCAAAGCCGGGGAAGACGAUUGUGCUGGGUCAUUGUACGAGGUUGACUUUGUGUCAAGAUGAGGAGAUGGAACGAUUGGCGGCGGAUAUUAAGGCCAGUGGAUUACCGGUGCAUUUUGUCGGGUUGCCUACGAGUGAUUUGUUCAUGAUGGGACGGGUGGCUGGUGCGAAUCGACCGAGAGGGACGAUGCAGGUUCUUGAUAUGAUUUCGAAAGGAAUGGAUGCGUGUCUGAGUGUGAAUAAUGUGGGAAAUGCGUUUACGCCUUGGGGAAGUGGGGAUCCGAUUGCGCUGGCGGCGUUGGGGGUGGGAGUGUAUCAGGCGGGCACGACGGAGGAUGCGGAGAGAUUGUAUGAGUGUGUGAGUACGAGGGCGAGGAGGGCUAUUGGGUUGGGGAGUGAGGAUACGAUGGUGCUGUCGGAGGGACGGAAGGGGGAGGUGUUGAUGGUGCGGAACGAGGAGUGGGUUGGGUGUCCGGGGCAUUUUGGCAUGAAGAUUCCUGCAAGGCAGAGGGUCAAUGUGAGGGAUGUCGUUUGGGAUCCGCCGGAUGUUGGACUGCGGCAGAUUGUGCGCGGUGGGUGAAGCAAGAAUGAUAGAGGCUAUGGCAUUGCUUGAAAGAUUGAACUAAGGGGGAGAGAGAACAGAAUCAAGCACAUUCAAGAACCACCAGU